AUGACCGACUCUGACAUGCACGUUAUGAAGCGCUCUCGCUCUCAGGGAGAGCCUGACGGCACCCCGCCGAUGAAAUUCAGCUCGGCGCAGGUUCGCCGGAGAGGCCAAGUCUGGUCCAAGCAUCCAUACUACUACUUCCCGGACGGCUCGCUUUUGCUUCUAGUCGACGGUACCGCGUACUGUAUUCAAGGGUCCGUCUUGAUCGGGCAUUCGCCGUACUGGAGAAACGCUCUUGGGGAACCAAAGGAGAUGUACGAGCCGCAGGCCCUCAGCGGGAUAUCAUGGCAGGAGAUGGAUGCCUUUCUCUCCGUCAUAUAUCCUCGCUCUUAUGAGCAACACGAAAUCACGAGCGCUGAGGACUGGGCCUCGGUUCUCCGUCUGGCUUCGCUAUGGAGCGUUGACGACAUGCGAUCACUGGCUAUCUCCCAACUCGACGCAGUUGCGGCGCCACUAUACAAACUUGUGCUCGCCCGCGCUCUCGACGUGCCCCAGUGGAUUGAGCCCGCAUUCGACGCCCUUGCGCGCCGUCAGAUGCCUCUGUCGGUCGAAGAGGCAAGCGCUCUCACUAUGGAGGACGUCUUGCACAUCUCGGCGAAGCGCGAGAGUAUCUUGAAGGCCCAGGUCACCCGACUGCCUGCGAAGUCGAGCUCUGCGCGCGACGACACCCGGAACGAUUCGCGAACCCUGGUUCGUACUCGUACCAAGAGCUCGUCUGGGUCCUCACGUACAGCUGCCCCUACUGAAAAGUCGCCUCUUCCCCCGAUCACAGUACCCUUCUCUCGCAAAGAACUUGGCCGUCUUUCGACCAAGCUAUCCAAGGGUUACGAGUUCGAGGAUGCACUCGCAUUCGUGACGCAAGAAAAAAUACCAGCCUUUUGCCACGCUUUGGCGGACUUCACCGACGUUCUAUCCGCUCGGGGGCUGAACCAUCUUUCGUCCAGCCACAGCCUGUUCAAGCGUGUUGCGACCAGGCCGUCAUUUGUCCCAGCUGCCGUCAAACUCGCAUCAUUCAUCGUUUCGCAGAACGAGGGUGACGAGGCCCGGCAAUGGUUAACCAGCAACCUCUUCGGGCUCCGUCGGUGCCUCCAAGACGACGUGAACGGCUUACGGUCGCUAUGGGCGAGCGUCAAUCAGGCGAAGAUCAAGUAUCCAGACUUUAGUGUUGCGUACAAGUCCGCUUCCCGCGGGCACUACUUCACUGCAGGACUUCUCGGAUUGGACAACUAUGGAACCAAGCCUCCACGGGAGAACGAGUACAAAGAGAGAAGCGCAAACGUUCGGCAGUUCAUCUCAGCGCUGUCGGCAGACAAUGUUCGCCUCGUCAAGUAA